GGGGCUCCGCAACCGACGGGCGGGUGCCUGCCCCCCGCCCGUCCCCUCAGGCGCCCGCCCAGCUCCGCCCGCUCUCCCAGGCUGCUCCGCGCUGCAGCCGGGGAGGUGGAGCCGCUUUAUCGGGAGCCCAAGUGGAAAUUUCCCCGUCAGUUGCCGGGUCCGCCGCGGAGGGAGCGCCAGCGAGGGCCGCCUACUCUCGUGUCCCCGUGUCGCGCUGUGUCCUGCCUGCUGUCAUGUCCAACUACAUCCACGUCCCGCCUGGCUCCCCGGAGGUGCCCAAGCUGGACAUCACGGUCAGCGAGCGGGAGGGGCCCGGCUAUCGCCAGGGCGCCCUGCAGCUCCUGCGUCGGCUGCGCCCGCACUGGAGACCCGAGGAGGUGACGCUGCAGCUGUUCACUGAUGGAAUCACCAAUAAGUUGAUUGGCUGCUACGUGGGUGACACGACGGACGAUGUGGUUCUGGUUCGGAUCUACGGGAACAAGACGGAGCUGCUGGUGGACCGGGACGAGGAGGUGAAGAGUUUCCGAGUGCUGCAGGCCCAUGGCUGUGCACCACAGCUCUACUGCACCUUCAACAAUGGCCUGUGCUAUGAGUUCAUGCAGGGAGAAGCCCUGGAUCCAGAGCAUGUGUGCAAUCCAGACAUCUUCAGACUCAUUGCUAGACAGCUUGCUAAAAUCCAUACUAUUCAUGCACACAAUGGAUGGAUCCCUAAAUCAAAUUUGUGGCUGAAAAUGGGGAAAUACUUCUCUCUCAUACCCACAGAAUUUGCAGAUGAGGAAGUAAAUAAAAGGUUCUUAAGUGACAUUCCAAGUCCUCAAGUUCUUCAGGAAGAGAUGGCCUGGAUGAAGGAGAGGCUGUCAAAUUUAGGAUCGCCAGUGGUGCUCUGUCACAAUGACCUGUUGUGUAAGAACAUUAUUUACAACAAGAAAAGAGGUGAUGUGCAGUUCAUAGACUAUGAGUAUUCUGGGUACAACUACCUGGCUUAUGACAUUGGAAAUCACUUCAAUGAAUUUGCAGGAGUAAAUGAGGUAGACUACAGCCUUUAUCCCAACAGAAAAUUGCAGGAGCAAUGGCUGCGAUCUUACCUUGAGGCCUACAAAGAAUAUAAAGGAUUUGGGACAGAAGUCAGUGAAAAAGAAGUUGAAGUUCUGUAUGUCCAAGUGAAUCAGUUUGCACUGGCUUCACACUUCUUUUGGGGAUUGUGGGCUCUCAUUCAAGCCAAAUAUUCCACCAUCGAUUUUGAUUUUCUAGGGUAUGCAAUUGUUCGGUUUAACCAGUAUUUCAAAAUGAAACUGGAGGUCAUGACAUUAACUCUUCCUGAGUAAUGAAGAGGAGGACUCUUACCAAGUGGAUAGACAACCCCUGAAUCUUUUCUGAGAACAGAUACUGGAAAAAAAAUCUAAACAUUUGUUGAAGUGCUGUAAUGCUCACUUGGUGGUUCUUGCUUUAUAAAUAAUGCCUCUAGACAGUCCUUCAAUGUUAAAUUUAUUAUGAAGAACAUACGUACUGCUGUUGAUAUAAAACGGAUUAGAAACUUGCUAAAUCUAUAAAAAGUUGUAGAAAUGGCAAUUUAAUCCUUCUUUGUAAUUUAACAUGUUGUAUGUGAAUUAUUUAUUAUACGUUUAACAUGAUUCCGUUGCUGCUUUCAUCAGUUUGUGUUAAAGUUGGGUGCAGACAGUGAAGUUGUUCCAAAGGAUUCAUUUAACAACUUAUUUUAUUGAAGUUGCAUUCACUUAUGCUAAAGAAGACAUGUCAGAGACAAUUCUUCUUUUAGAGGCCUACAAGCAAAAGGAGUGACAAUAGACUUGUGAGAUCUCUAGUGUGGUAUAGCUAGGGAGAAGGGUUAGGAUGAUCUUUAUUUUUUCCCCUGCUUUUUUUUUUUAAAGGUCGCUUUCCAUACAAUGGUACUUUUCUUUUGCACAAGAGUCAAGCAGCUUAUUGAAAUGAUAAAUACAAUUUUGAUAUUUUUUUCGUCUGGAUUGGGCUGUAGAGAUGUUCAAGUUCUGUGACCACAAGAUUCUCUGAGGAUAUUGUACCAGCCGCUAGUGUUGGGUGGACAGCCUGCCGUCCCCAACUUCCCUGGGAAAGCUGCUUGUUUAUUACGUGUACUCUUAAAAUCAAAAGACCACUAUUCCAAAUCUCUCUUCCUUUUUGCAACUUGAUUCUGGAUUUGAACCCCGUUCUGGUGUCUGUAUCUGUUGUGCUCCAGUGGCAGAACAGACUGUUGGACCCGAGAUAGGAGAGCAGAGGUCCUGUGGCACUGGGGAGCAAGACGCAGGAUUACAGCUCCUGUAUCAAAGACAACUUUCUGCUUUGUCCCCAUCUAACUUUGGACUCUGAAGUCUUAAAUGCCUGGUCCUGUAGUUGUGCAAAUUCUGGUAUGUCUGGUGGUUCUUUUUUUUUUUUUCUGUCAGCAGAUUGCUUUUCAAUGCCUCCAGUUUGAAGGACAGUAUGGAAAAGUGUAUGACUUUGGCAGUGAGGCUUUGAUCAUCUCACACACUUUAUUUCUUAAAGCUAUUAUACCAAGAAUGGUCUGGAUUACAAAAUGUUAACUGAAAAGAAAAUGUUUACCUAAUGGAACAGUGCAUAAGUUUGUGUGGAAAAGAGGCUUUAACUGUGAAAGGGAGGGUGGGGUUGGGGGGCAGGAGAUGGGAAGGAACCCACAGCAGAAAACUCAAGCCCAGCAAUAUGGUUUGGGGCUAGGCAGGCAUGAACUCAACUCUGAUGAUACUCUGAAAAAACUUUGCACUUUGGUCACAUAAGUGCCCACGUGUACAAAGUCUGUGCAUGAGCACAUGCAAACACAAACUUACGUGGGGAGUCUGUUGUACAGACUCCAGCAAAGAUAUUUAUUCAAAACUGCUUUAUGGCACAGGGCUCUGUGUGUGUGUGUAUAGCAUGUACACACGUACAUACACAUGUGCUUUACAAAAGCUUGGAGUGAUUCAGGACAAAUAAAACUCAUGUGAAUGAAAAAUCUUUCACCAAUAAAGACCAUUUCCAAUGGUAUUCUGUUGUUUUACAAAAGCACCGUUUAGGGUUUGUUUUUCCUCUUGUUUAUAUUAAUCUAUGAAUGUUUUCAUUUUAUUUUUAUUCAGUCAAAACCUUAAAAAUCUUUAUACAAAUGGGAGAGCUGGGAUUUUUUGUAACUUGAAAUGAGGUAACCAUUUUCAUUAGCUGGAGGCUACUAUACUGGACAAACUCUCUUUGAUUUGAAACAAAUAGCUUAAAUAGACAUUUAUAAUUUACUUUGUAGCAGUUAUCAAGGAUGUUGCUAGAGCUCAUGAAGGCACUGAAGUCCUUAAUCUUCUGUACUUUCUCCCUAUGGAUUUUAUUGACAUUUGAUGAAUAAUACCCUGCUGUCUCGUAUUUCCUUUAAGUUCAGCAAGAUGUCCUUGGAACUAAGAUUGCUAAAGAUUUUUGAACUCUUUGUUACUAUUUUCUUCCAAACAGUGGCUUUAUUUCUGACAGUGUUACUUUGUAUUUAAGAAAUAUUUUGAAAGAAGGCUGUGAAGUUCAUUUGGUCUUGGGAAAUCCAACAGCUGACAGAUCCGAACUUUCCCAAUGGCUGGCAAAACACAUUCCCAUUUCAGGUACCAGUACUACUUAGGUUUGGAGUUACUGUAAUUUUUGUCAGUAGUAUUUUGUUUGUAUAGCUCAAGUAGCAAUAACUGCAGGAGUGGAAGUUUGCUUCCGCAGAACCAAAGCUUUUCCUGAGUGCAGCUCAGUCUCAUCUUUGUGGAGUGAAUCCUGUGAAAGCACUUUGAAGCAGGUAGCAAAUAGUCCGAGCUUUUCCUGAGCCACUUUGAAGGAGCACAAGGACUGUCACAGGUUACAGUGGUUGACUUUGCAGUACUGGUCAAGGCUUUAAGUUUGCACCUUGGAAUUCACUUCAGCACUGCUCUGUAUCAGCUUUCUCUUGAGAGAAGUGCAGGUUAAAUCUUGUGAUCACCUCUGAGGAAAUACUGUAAAGCAUCUCCCAAAAUGAAAUGCCAGUUGCCUUGAGCCUUGUUCCACAUCCGUUUGAGCCAGUAGCACUUGGAUAUCCUCAUUUCCUGAGGAAUAUCUAGAGAUGCAUUAAGUUGGAAGUAGUAAUUUGCAUUGUAGAUGGUAAGGUAGCUUGAAACUGUGAAUACAGGACAUUCUGAAUGUAAGUUAGGUACUAGAAAACAUGUACUUGUUUCACUUAAUUUAUUUUGGUCUUUGUAAUAGCAACAUGAAGAUAUUGGAAGGAGGACAAAAAAUGACUGAGCUCUAGAAACAUCCUGUAGUAGUUUUGACUGUGACUUGCCAAGAAGAUACUCUGUUGCCUUUGUUAAGCUAAGGGCAUGAAUGCCAAAAUUAAUAAUUCUUGCUGUAGUUAAAGCUAUAUUGUAAAUAUAAAGAGGAUCAUUAAUCUGGGCAUUCUUGCAGAAAUAGCAUCAAGUCAAUAGACUGUAGUGGCCUGGUUGCUUUUGUAAAGCAGAAUAGUGUGAUUUAUUUUUCUUUUUUUCCUUCUCAUUUCUGCAGUCAGAUCUGGCUAAUCCAGACCUAAUUUCUUAGGUCACUCAAGCACUAAAGAUUUCUGAACGGUCACUAGUCUCCUGUCACGUAAUUUUAAGUACUUUCAUUGACACUUGUUGAUUUGCUUUUUAAAAGGACGUGAAAUUUGCAUUUACCAGGUCUGACUGUUCAUGUAUAUAAACAGUGUAAAUAACCAUUUGUAAAUUAGUGUGAAUUGUAUUCUAUCUUGCAUUUAUGGACUUGUGUAUUGCAUUGUAUUCUCUCCUAUUUUGUAGAAAUCUUGUUGUAAAGAAGAAAUCUAACUCUGUGUGCAGACUUCUUUUGUUAAAUUGAUUUAUAAUGCAGCGUAAUACUUUCAUGUUAAGAUAUCCAUUUAUAGCCUUGGACGCCCAGUGUCUUUUUUCCCCCAUUAGCUUUUUUGAAAUCUUGCUCUUGGGAAUGAUUCUGGGAAUAAAGAGAUUUAUACAGUACUUAGAUUAAGAGAAAAUCUGUUCUAAUAAUAGGGCAAACCAUGUGUCAGAGGUAUAUGCAAUACCAAUGGGAUUGGGAAAGCUGUUAAAAUUGUUUCUUUAAACUUCCAAACAUUUCCUGUACAUUCUUGAAUGCUGUUGACUUCUAAACUAAGGGUGUUGGAUUGAAGCGCUCAGAAGUGUGUGCUCCCAUGGGGACACUGAGGUAGCUGUGAUAGAGUCCCUUGAAUGCUUUUGGUGGGUAUAGCCUUCUAAUAUCCACCAAAUAAUAAUAAAACUUCUAAUAGGAUUAGUUGCUAACUUGUAAAUGCUUAUACUGAAUGCCCAAAUCACUCAUAGAGUUCUGUGAAUUAAUUUACCUCAACACUAGAACUAUUGGUACCCCUUUAGAGUAUUUAAAACUUAUAGCUGAUAUAUUUUCCCUGUGUGUGAUUCCUUCCCCUCCUCCUUGUGCCCACAAUCCUACUUCUUUUAGCAUAAACAUGAAUCUAAAAUCUUCCUUUCUGUACUUGGCUUAUCACUAUUUCCUUUUAGACUAUAAUUACAUUCUGCUUUGUCAGUGCAUGACUUCUCAUCAGUUUUUUUUUUUUUUUUUUUUUGUGUAAGAAAUCCCUUUCUGAAGAGGCCUUUAACCUUGGAAACACAGACAUAAUAAAAGUUAGUUUUUCCCCUGACUAUAUUUCAUCACUGUUGCCUUUCAUUGUCUGUUAUGAACUCCACAGUGUCCUUCAGCUCUUAGUUUCUUCUUCUCACUGGUGUGUCGAAUACCUCAGCUGGAAAAUUCUGGUUUGCAGAUCUGGUUCUCCAUCUGACAAAUUGACCUUGAUGCAAUUUGUACAACCUCUCAGCCUUACCUGUGGUGACACUUGAGGUUACAAAGGUCUUGGGAAGUGAGUUUAUCAAAGAAGUGCUAGUCAAGAGGAGGGAUGGGCUUGAUAAAUAUAAGUAAAAGAAAGUCACUCACUUGGAAUCUCAAGUUUUUGCUGUAGCAAGAUAUUGAAUAUGCUUGUUUACUCUCAUGAUUUAAGGACAAGAGCAAAUUAUAAAGGGUAAAGUUUGCUUCAGAAUGAAGCUCAUUCUUUUAAAGCCUUUGGUAGGUAACAGAAGCUUCCAAAUACUCUUUUGUUACUCAUACCAAAAGAAAUCUUAAAAUUGGGUAACUUUUUGAUUAAAUAAAACUUUGUUCCAAACCGCAGUGACGCUAUAGUCUCUUGUUUGGGGCAGUCCUUGUUCUUGUUUGGGGCAGUCCUUGUUCUAGUUAGCAGAGCAGGUUGAGCAUGUCUCACGUGUCUGUUUUAGCUGCUUGUGUGUUCCUUGUUUUCAUGUUUUUUGCUAUUUGUUGUGUGUUAAGAUUGCUGAACUGCUGCACUUGGCAACUAUCUGCUAUCAUCUUCCACACCCAGCAGGUUGUAAUCGUGGUAGUGGAGCAGAAAGCAUUUUUUCAGACCUUAAGGGAAAUGCAAGGCUGAUAUGAAACAAUCUUGCAAAUGAUUUUUCCUCCCUCUUUAUGACUGUGAGUGGUAAACUGAUUGUUUUCAACAGCUGUGAAAGAUAGACCUUUGAGCUUGUGCAAGGUAGAUAUUCUGUUAACCAGACAUAGGAUCUUUAGGAAAGGGGCUCUCAACAGUGAGAAAUCACACCAUUCCAGAUGGAAUGUGUUGGAUUAAACCAGACUUUGUGGCUUAGAGACCUUCAGUGGGAAGGAAAAUGUGUGGAAUGUUUGCACAGGCUGGUUGUAAGGAGGUGCUCCAUCCAAGUGAAGUGCUGACACACUGGAUAAGGCAUUGUUUGAUUUUUAAAAUGCUUUUCUUUUUUAAGUGACUUUUACAGUUGGUCUGAUCUGUAGAGAUUAUGUAAUUAGGAAACUGGUCAACCUGGGAAGAGAGGGAAGAGACUGUUCAAAAAACCAUUUGUAAAAAAGGAAGCACCUUUCUAGCUGAUGAGUUGGCAAUACAUUGUGUUUUGGGCUUUUCUGUGUAUUUAAUAGUGUGGAUGGUGCUCUGCACCAAAUUCUUCCAUAAAGGGUUUUAUUACUCUUGGAAAAUGUCAGAAAACUGACUGGCAUGGCCCUGAAGACCACUGGGACCUUAGAUGGCCAGACUUGACCAGAUGACCAAAUUUUUGGUUCAAGGUGUCACACUCUGUUUCUGCAGCCUUCUGAAGUUGUCAAGCUGCUAUCACAGUUUCCCUGUGCUGUGGAAUUUACUUCAUGGACUUCCCCAAUGUCUUUGAUUUGGUGUUUAUAGAGAGAUAACACAGAGGGGAAACUUCAUGGAAAUGAAAAGGAAAGGAAAACUAGUUACUUGAAAUCUAGCAAGCAGACUUUGUCAUUAAAUGCUGAAAUAACUUCAGGUGCUGCACCAGCCUAUUUUUGUGGCAUUGCAACAGUGUUUUUCCUCUAUUAAGUGGUUUUGGGUUUUUUUUCCCCACAUAAAGACCUGUGCAAAAUGCAAAAUGAAAGAGACCUUGGAAGAGAAACAUAAAUAACAUCAUAUAAAAUGGAUAAAAUACAGCAUGAACUGGAGAAAAAGUAUGUGUUUCAAAAUUUUUGGUAGUAUAAUUCCUACGUGUUAUCAGAAAAUGUGUCCAGCCUUCAGUGUGUGAAAGAGUUCUUUCUUUUACUUUGUAGCAAGUUUCCAUUUACCAUUUUGUAUCACAGUGUGGUAGUUAUGCUGCUGCUUUGUACACAAGUGCUUUGAAUAGUCUCAGCAAUGUACCCAGUCUUUCUGAGGUGUGACUUCAAGUUAGAGCCAUUGGUUCUGAGCCUCUUCACUAAAACCCUCUGAACACUUGUAGAUACAGAGCCACAGCAUAUUAGGAAUAUAUUCCAUUUUGUGUCAUUCUCUUUGUUACUGCGGGUUUUUCAGUGUUCUUUUAAACACAAGUCCACUCGUGUCCUGUGAGUAAACUAAGCUCAAUUAAUAAAAGAGCCUUUGUCAUCCCCAAAAGUGUCCCCAUGCCUCUUGUGUGUUGUGAUGUUUAGGUGCAUCAUUUAUUCAUUGGAGUGAAUUGUAUUUCUUUUGAGCUAAAUGUGAUUGAAACUAUUCUAAGGCCUUCUACCACUGAUUAAAUGAAGUAAUGUACCUUUCAAAGAGAUUUAUAUUGUGUAAAUAAUUUCAAACUGCAACAAUAAAGUUGGUUUCUAAUGGC